AGACAACCUUCGUAUACAAAUCUUCCAUUAAAAGACGGCCAUAUCAAUCAUUUUUCACCGCAGAGAGUACGGAAGCAUAGUACUAUUCACAUCAUACAAACUAACUCUUCUCUUUAUCCACAGAAAUCAGUACAUCAUUUCGUACCAGAAGCCUGUGCGUGCAAUCUCAACCGCGAAUUUUUUUUAUGCACGCAGCUACAUGACGGCAAUACCUUACGCUAAGCACUCCAUCUACCAAUCCCAAUAUACAGCCCUCUCCUUACUAUGACUUCAAUCCCACCAAAUUUGUGGCCGGACCAGCUCAACUUUAAGCCCAACAAAUGGACCGUACUGGAGCGCUUCGUCAAACAGUUCUCGCCAGCGGCAUGCCAGAUGCACUACAAAGCGGAAGCCAAGCUCAAAUACAGCGCGUGCGGGUUCCUCGUAUUCCUCGGCUCGCAGCUCAAGCUUCAGCCAGCAGCCAUCUUUCGCGCAACGCUUCUUUUCCAUCGUUACUGCCUCGUGGAGCCCGUGCGCGACAAACUCCACAACAACCAGAUCGCGACUGCGUGUCUCUUUGUGGCGUGUAAGCUCGACGACUGCAUUCGCAACAUCAAGGAGGUGGUGAUCGUGGCUUUAGGAAUUAUUUCCGGCAAGAAAGAGGACGGAAUGAGUCCCGCAUACUGGGAGUGGCGCGACAAGCUCGCGCUAUACGAGGAAACGGUGAUCAAGGUGCUCGGGUUCGACCUCGACGUUCCGGCCGUGUUUGACGAGCUAUUGGAGGCAUUUCCCAGAAUGUCGCCUCAGGAAGAGACGCGUGCGAAAAAAGAGCACCCGGAAGCCCCGCUGACAGACCUGCUCUUCCGCGCCGCGCGCUCCUUCCUCGUGGAGGCCUCCAAGUGCGGGAUCUUCAAUACCUACGAGGGUGAGACAGUGAUGCAGACCGCAAUCAUCUACGCUGCGGUGUGUCAUAAGCACAAGCUUGCAAAGAAUUUUCUUGCGGAUCAUGGAAUCAGGGCCGAUCUGAUCAAGAUGUACGUGUGCUAUUUUGCAUUGUACCGCGCACUCGCGGAUUUGGUGCAGGUGGGCGCAGCUGACACGAAAAUGCUUGAGCGGGUCUUUAUUCCGUUUACAAAACAGAAAUUUGUUCAUUAUAUCGACGAAGAUGCGGAUGAUGGGAGCCGACUCUUGCGUUCGGAAGUCAGCGAUAUCCCCGACCUCCUGGCCAGGAAACCCAAGGAGGACAGGCCUGAGGGGGAUAGAAAGAGGGCCAAGACGGAAAUCUAAUAAGAGGUGACAGUAUGGCAGCAUCGGUUUGAUUAGAAAAGUCAAUGGGCAUGUGAAUACAUUCACCGCGAUCUAUCUAGAGAAAAGGAUGGCAUCGAGCCCAAUGGUAGACAAAUCACCUGUUAAGAUAAUACGUUACAAGCUCUCUAUCAUUCACAAAUAUUAGAUCAGGGCUAGAUCAGGUUCAGCUGUUUAUGAGGUUUUGCGUAUCCUAGCCAAAAUCCACAUAGUAAUACGUAACAAAAGUCAGUUACCAAUGAGAUUCGCCUCCAAUAGGGCCACACAGACUUACGUUGUAGGAUCUUUGACAAUUGCAACUCAGCUACAGUAUGCC